UGGUGGCAUUAUUGGAAUGUCGAUCCUGAAGCUGAAUACAGAGCUAUAGACGAAGUAGACAAGAAACGAGGUUAUGUUGGUUGACCAGUUGCCUUUAUAACAAACUUAACCCGAUCUAUACAAUUUAUAUUGAAAUCAAAUAACUCCGAUUUUUAAGAGAGACUGGUAUGCAAAUUGUUUGACCCUACAAGAUCCAGAAGGAGACGGCGAACACAUAAGCCUGCGCGAGACUCGAGUGAACCUGGAGUGUCAGUCCAGCUCAGGCACCUUGGCAGAAUGUACCCCAUGGAUCCAGAGAGGCACAGUCAACGGAGGGAGUAUGGAGAACCAGAGAGAUGCAGUCAACGGAGGGAGUAUGGAGAACCAGAGAGAUGCAGUCAACGGAGGGAGUAUGGAGAACCAGAGAGGUACAGUCAGCGGAGGGAGUAUGAAGAACCAGAGAGAUGCAGUCAGCGGAUGGCGUAUAGAGAACCAGAGAGAUGCAGUCAGCGGAUGGAGUAUAGAGAACCAGAGGGAUGUAGUCAGCGGAGGGAGUAUAGAGAACCAGAGGGAUGUAGUCAGCGGAGGGAGUAUGGAGUACCAGAGAGGUACAGUCAGCGGAGGGAGUAUGAAGAACCAGAGAGAUGCAGUCAGCGGAUGGAGUAUAGAGAACCAGAGAGAUGUAGUCAGCGGAUGGAGUAUAGAGAACCRGAGGGAUGCAGUCAGCGGAGGGAGUAUGGAGAACCAGAGAGGUACAGUCGGCGGAGGGAGUAUGGAGAACCAGAGAGGUACAGUCAGCGGAGGGAGUACAGAGAACCGAGCUCAGGGCAAUGGGACGAUGGCCUUGAGACGAGAGACAACGGCCAGGCUAUGGCCAGAGAGCCCUACAGUGAAUACUCCAGCAUGAGGAGGACUAGAGAAGGUUGGGAGGAGUAUGGUAGCUCAUAUCAGAGGAAGCACAUCAUGGACCCAUCGUCCAGAGACUGGAGCGAAGGCUCAUUGAGGGGUAGCGGUGCUCCCUUCUCCCCAGACACAGAUGUGGACGUUGAUGGAGAUCCUCUGGAGCUCAGUGUGGAGGACCUGGAGGUCAUAGAGGAGAAGAGAGCUUGCAAGAAAGCUGUUCUUGCUAUGCAAAAGGUUAAACGCGGAGCUAAGGACAUGCCUAAAGCACAGACUGCAUACACAACAACGAAGGGCAUGUCUAAACAGACGAAGGCGAACAAUACAACAUUCAACAGUAAUGUCGCGGACCAGUCCUCACGCAUAUGCCUACCUCUUAAACGGAGGGUGCUGGACAUUCUGAGUAAGGAUACCCCUACCAAGCUGAAGAAACAAAACAAGAUGCGAGCAUUGGAGCUGAUGAUUAGCGCUCCCCUAGAAAAUGAAGAGGCCCGUCCUCUGAGACUGAAAGUGAAGCUUAAUGAACCAACAACGCUCUCCCAACAAGAGAUAUUUGAGGAGAAGAAGAAGGUGAGCGUGAGGAUGAGCACGGUACGAGCAGAUGCAGACCCUGCGGAGAUCGUUGGGCUGGACUUGGGGUUGAGGAGUUGGGUCAGGACAGACAGGACCAAUGACAGGCUGUAUGGGAAGAUGGACUUGAAAAGAAGUUCAAAAUGA